AUGGCUAACAGCAAAAAACUUGUGCCAACCAACUCCGUAUGGAGUCCAGGAUUCACAGAGGAGCUUCUCCCCACUUCUAAGCAGAUAUCCCUGCUGUACCACAUCUCCUACCUGUGUCUGGCUAAGUUUCCAAACUUGAAGAGGCUCCUCAGGAAGCGUGCUGUGGAAACCCAACUUCUCUUUGGAUCCUCUGAAGCUCUUCUGCUGAAGUGUAUGGGCACCAGUCAUACCCUGGUUUCAUCACUGUUUCCAAUGCUGAUACAUGCUAUUGAAAAAAACAAACCAACACUGGCGGUAAGGUACCUGGAAAAAGCAAGAACCUGGAUUGGUGAACUUAUUACAGAUGUGGACAAGAUGGUGCAAAGCUAUGUUCAACACAACAGACACGUGGCCACAACUAUCAGUGACAUCAUCACUGAAAAGGCAAACAUUGAGGCCAAGUCUGAGAAGCUUUCCCAGGAAGUUCAGGAAAUGGAGGGAGCUAUAAAGACCCUUGAAAAAAAGAUUGCCAGAGUUAGGAACGAGCUUGAAGACACCAAAAGGAAGAUAGAUGCCAAAAACCUGGAACUUGAGAGUUAUGUAAGGGACGUGACAAGCAAAAGCUCAGGCCUCGGAAUCUUCGUUGAGAUUGUGCCGUACAUUGUUCCAAUCAAGUCCAUUUACGAUGUUGCAACAUCCCCCGCUGCUGCUGCAAAAAUCAAAGCUCUUGAAAACCAGCUGAAUCAGCUCACCUCUCAAAAGACGGCUCUGAUGAACCAACAGCGGAGCAUUAAGGUCCAACAGAUGAAACUGGCCAAAGUAAAAAUCAACAAGGGUGAGUAA